AACACAGGCAGAGACAGAAAUGGCCGGGAACUGUGAUCGAAGCUAUAAGCACAGACAAUCCGAGGACAAAGCCGAUUAAAGCGUUGGGUGGUGGAGGCAAAUCAAGGUGGGGAUGUUCGUGCCCCGCCAUUGACACAGGCAGGCAGGCAGGCACCAAGGCACCAAGGCAAGGAAAAAAAUCCAAACGACUGCAAACGAAUGGACAUGUGUCAUCCAUCGAUAACGACAUCUCGCCUGCCGCCGACCAAGUGUGGUAUUUGAUUACUGUGCUUGGGAGACAGCGAACAAAUCUGCUACGUGUGGAAACACGGUGCACAUAGUACGGGCUUGGGCUGUUCGUCGUUGUGGGCCCUCUUCUGCCUAAGGGGCGGUGGAAAAGGCCCAAGCCCACAUGCGGGUUGUAAAUUACAGCAGCCCGAAAUCAUGGCAAUUAGUGGCACUUUCUCCGUGCAUGAGUGCAAGGAGCUAUGAUGUUUCCGACAUCAUGCUACGGUUUUCUAGUAUUGUCGGGCCUCAAUGUACCCACCACUCUGGCAAAUACCAUUUUGGCCUUAGUUCCACGGUUCCAACUGGGGCCGGGCACCAUUGCAUAAAAACAUCGGACACCAGCGAGGGCAGGGCAGGCCAGUACCACAUCCACCUGCCAACACGGACAAACAACUACCACUGCCUCCGACGACGAAGAUAGCCGACGGGGAUCGCGUCAAGGAGCCAGGCUUGAGCCACGCAAGACCACCAUGGAAGUUGGGCCUCUGUCAGGACCAUGGACGCCCUUCUUGCAAGACUCGGGGCACAGGCCAUGAAUAUGGCCAUUCGAUCAGGGCUCGCACUGACCUCAACAUAUGCUGUCCAGCAGUGCUCACGCCUGCUUAAAACCGUCGACGACAAGUCGGUUCGCGCAGAGCUAAGAGCGCUGCAGCAGGAACUUGAUGAAAGAAUCCAGAUAAUCGCGCCGGCUAUAGACCUGAUAGAAUUCAAAGCAGGCCGAGGUAAUGCCUUCCUGGAGAGUGCUGUUCCUUUGGCCAAGUCUCUGCGCCGACGCAUCGUAGCUCUCGGUAAACAACUCGACGAUGUGGCAGGCGCAGAGGAAGAACUGCGGCAGUCUAGAAGCGCCGCCUCCAAGGCCCGCGGCUCGGGCUCGCAGUCGGCCCAGCUUCGAGGAGUCAUGGAGGAAAUGAAGCGCCUCCUCGAAAGGAUAGAGCGUGACGCCCACAUGCUGCAGUUUUCCAUUAGCGCAUCAGGAGAGAAUCUGUCCACCUCACUGCCGCCGGGUGUCUCUCCGUCUCGGCUCAUGCAAGCAAGCACCUUUAUCAGCAUCGGCGACACUCAGUUUGCCAACAACCCGGGAAGACCCGUGCAGAUUGGCCCAGCCUUCACUCUUUCGCUGUAUCUGCUGUUUGUGGGCCACAGCGCCGACUCUGCACGACUGCCCACCGCUACAGGCACGGGAUCGGACUCAAAUCACAGCCCUAGGGACGCCAGCGCGAUGGAGCCCGAACCGUACGGGCUUGGAGACGGCGAGAGGAAACCUAUAUGGCAAGAGGUCCUUCACAAAGCUCGGACAAGACUCUGCAGGAUCCCUUACGGCUGGGAGUUUGAUCGCGGAUGUGGCUAUCGUCCGACCAUCUCCGGGUCUUUGCGCUCGCCGUCGACAAGCGAGUAUUCAUAUCACUUGGAGAUCAUUGAGGACUUAGAUGAUGGUCGCGUUCACGAACAGGAGGGCAACAUCAUAGGAUCUUUUGAUGACCUCCCCUUGGCUGGUAUCAGAGAAUCCAUCCCUGUUCAUCAAGUGUCCAAGAUCUUCUACACCAACACCGGCAGCAUCCUGAACAUCGGAAACGCCUCGGGGAGCGACAGCAAUCCAGCACUACUGCUGAAGAGAGACCCGAGUGCAACCGCACCUAGCCAGCUUGUUGAAGGCAUGCUGCAGGAUGAGGGCGCACCGAGCCCGGAUUCUGACGACGACAGGGUAGCCAGCCAGGUCUCGCAGGAAGAGAUUGACUCCCAAAUCCGACGAGAGAGUCGAGGUUGGGGUGGGAGCAAGCAUUAUCCCGAACACUCUCCUACGGGAUGGAGCUUUCCAAAACAUCUCGAUACCGAAUGGAUGGCGCUGGAAGUGUUCUCCGACAGCGGAGACGACGAUAGUAGCUCCAGCACCGAGGAUGGCACGAGCGAGGAGGAGGCCAAGGCUAUCCAAAUCAACCGCAGAGGUAAAGACAAGCGAUUAUCCGUGGAUUCGAGGCUUAUGGCUCAGAUCCGGGAUGUAUCGCUUGGGCCGCAGCACGAAAUAACAACUGCCUCCUCAUCGCCAUCGCGCUUUGAACUUGGUGAGGCAGGCAGCUCCGAGGCUAUGAUUGCUCGGGCGUCGCCGUUUGGAGCUAUCACAUCAUCUCUCUCGUUGUUGGAGGUUCUUAUUCGCCUGACAAGCCUCCAGGAGUUUCAGCAGGCGUCCCACCUUUCGAUACCCGAUCAUAUCCUCACGUUCUUCCUGGAAGAAACAGCCACAACGGGGUUCUCAGGUGAACAGCAGCUAAAGGCUCGGGUAGAGGCGCAGAGGAAGGUCGGCUUUGACCCGUACAAUGAUGGCCCUGCGAGGUGAGUGUGGAUAGUCUAGAGAUAUAUAGAACGCUCAAACGAUGCGGAGUCUCACUGGCAGUGAAAGGCUGUGUCUCCCCUUGCCAAGAUUAAGGUGGAUUUCUAUAUUGGUGAUGUG